CACUCACGGCGCUCUUUGCUGCGCAACGAGCAGCGGCAGCGAAGAGACUCUUUAACAUGGACGAUGCUGCCAGCAGCGAAGCCGCCGCGCCGGCCGCUGCCACCGAUGCCGCCACCACUCAGGAGGCACCGCAGCGCGCGGACGCGGACGUGACGGACCUGCUCACGGCGGAGCUCGACGCCGCGGUGGCAGCGGCCGCGCCGCAGCGCACAGACUCCACGGACGUCCUCACGGCGGAGCUCGACGCGCUCCUCGCGAUGCCCGCGCCAGAGACCGCCGCGCCACCCGCGGCCAAGCCGCCACCACCGCCCCAAGACGCCGCCGCCGGCGACACGGAACCGCUCGCGGGCCGCGGCCAGUGGGUCGCGUUCAGCGUAGCCAACGCGUACGCCGCGAAGCAGCAGGGCGCCAUGGCGGCGUUCGCGCGCAAGGCGCCCGAGGCGCGCGACGUGCGGGCGCUCAUGGACGGCGAGGCGCCCUGGGCGUCCGAGACGCACCCGCGGGUCGCCCUCGGCGCCGAGGGGUCCCUCGACGCGAGCUUCAAGACGUGCGCUUAUGUAAGAUCGGACGGCGGCGGCGACGAGCGGCUGCGGGUGGAGGUGCGCGCCAAGGCGCCGGGCGGCGACGACGCGUCGAUCGGCGCGGCCGAGUUCUCGCGCGACGAUCUAGUACGGGCGCGCGACCCGGUGGUGGCCCCGCUCGCGCCGGGCGCGGGCGCCUUCUGCCGCGCGACGCCGCUCGGCCCCGACGAGGUCCUGGACGCGGCGGCGCGCCGCGCGGGCACGGCCUGCCUGCGCCAGGCGUUCCUGCUGGACGACGGCCGCGUCCUGAGCGAGGCAUGCUGCGAGAGCGUCGGCGCGCACGAGAUCGUCCGGGACGUGCUCAAGCCCGUCGCCGACGGCGCGACGCGCGCGGCGGCGGCGUGGCUCGCGCGGGCGGAGCGCGAGCGCGUCGUCCGCUGCGCGUUCGCCGACGACGACGACGCGAGGGCGCACGGCGCGCGCAAGCUGCGCGUGGCCGUCUUGGGCGCGCGCGGCGUGACGCGCGCGGCGGCGGCCGCCGGCGGCGGCGCGCCGCCGGCCGACGUCAAGGCGAACCUCGCGCGGCUCGGGCGGUCGGCCUUCGGGUUCGCGCGGCGGCUGCGGAGCGGCGACCUGCCGAACCCGCUCGGCGCCGAGGACGCGGCGGCGCCGGCGCCCUUCGUGCGCGUCGAGGUGGAGCGGGACGGCGCGCGGACGCGCCUGGGCCGCACGAACACGGAGUACGCGUCGGUAGCGCCGUCGUUCGGAGCCAAUGCGCGCGCGGAGCGGAGCUGCCCCCACGCGGCGCCGCGGACGGCCUUCGAGGCGGAGGAGGGCGCGGCACGGCUCGUCGCCGGCUCGGACCUGUCGCCGCUGGGCGUCGCGCCGGUCCUCGAGGCCUACGCGCCCGCGGCGGGCGCGGGCGCAUCGCUGGUCCUGACCCUGCUCGACGAGCGCUACUCCGUCGAGCGCGGCGUCGUCGGCGAAGUUAUUGGCGAGGCGCUCGUUGAACUGCCCGCCCCGAGCGCGGGGCCGCCGGCGCCGGCGUGGGUGCCCGUCGGCGGCUCCGGCGCCGAGGUCUUCGUGGCCGUCCACGUCGUGGCGCUCGAAGGCGCGGCGGCGGCGGCGCUCCCGGACGGCGGGGAUGAGGACGACCUGCGCGCGUGGCUCGGCGCCGCCGCGCCGAGCCACGCGCCCGCGGCGGCCCGGGACCACGGCUGGAUGCGCCGCCACGGCGAGGCGCUCGCGGCGACGGGCGCGCGGCUCCGCAGGCUCGCGGCCGAGGCCGAAGCGCAGGCGCUGGCCGGGCGGAGCUGCUUCAAGUCGUCGACACGUAAGGGCGACGCCGGCGUGGCCGCUCAUGCUACUAACGUGCACGCCUAUCUGGCGUCGGUGCGGGGCGUCGAGGGCGGCGCGGCGCUCCUCGCCAUGUGUACGGCUGGCGCGCCCGCCGCCGCCGCCACGCUGGGCUCCGACGGCGGCGGCCUCCUGCGCCUGCAGCGGGGAGCCUCCGGGGGCGACGAGACGGCGGCGGCCUACGCGACGCGUAGAGCGCUAGUCCUCGCGCAAGCCUUGCAGGUCCUCGCCCAGGCGCUGCGCGCCAAGGUCGCCGCGCUUCUCGCAAGCCCGAGCACUGCGAAAGAGGUCUGCAAAAGCUGGCGCGAAACGGGCACGGAUGUCGUCUUCCUUUCCCUGAUAUCGACGGCGGGCCGCGAGCUCGCGAUGCUAGAGGACGUCGCCGGCAUCGUCGACGCGCUGCAGGACGUCAACGUUGAAAUUUCCGGCGGCUUCGGCUACGACCCUAGUACAAGGACGCUGGGCCUUGGUAUGACGGGUGUCGACGGCCUCGGGCUCGAGACGUUUCGCGCGUCGGUCGUGCUCGUGGCGCAGGGCCUCGACGUCCGCCAGUCGCUCGCGCACUCGCAACAGACGGCGAAGGACGCCAUGAGCUCGUUCCUCGCGACGGCGAAGACCGCGGCGCAAGACGUGCGCCAAAAAAUCGGCGGCAGCAGCGCCAACGGCCCCGUGGCGGCGCCAGGCGCGCCUCCGCCGCCGUCGGACGACGACGCGCGGCGGCUCCAGAACACGCUCAACCGCGCGGCGGCGCAGCGCCUCGCGGCGCGCGCGGAGUUGCUAGGGGACGGCGGCGCGAGCCGUCACUAUGCCGCAGCUGUCGAGCGCGAGAGCGCCGCGCUCGCGUCGGGCGCGUUCGAGAAGCACUGGACGAUCAUCGUCGAGGCCGAGCGCCUCGCGCGGCGCCUCGACCUCCCGCUCGCCGUGUUCUGCAAGAGCGGCAAGGACCGCACGGGCAUGGCGGCGACGCUCGCGGCGGCCGCCUUCUGCGGCGAGUUCGGCCGGGACAACGAGCAGAUCGUCCUCGCGACGGCGAACCUUUUGCGCGCCCACGGCACACGCAUUCUGAUAUGCGAGAAGAAUACUGGUAGGCGGCGCUACGCGUUCAACGCGUUCCAGCGCGAGUUCCUGCCGGCGCCGUUCAGACCGCCGCCGUCCACCAUCGAGGACUUGGCGUCGUCCCUGAUCCAUCGUGACAUGUCGUGA